AUGCUGGACUUCACGAACAUGUUUUUAUCGUUGUGUUUCCUCCUUAUAUCGAAAGCUUUAGCGGAUGAAUAUUCUAAAGGAUAUCUUAGAAGGGAACAUUCAAUUUUUAAAGGUAAAAUGACCAAGUCCUUGUUAAAAAUCUUUAUGCAAGAGUCUUCCAAAAUUGAACUUUUUGAAGUCGUGGAAGGCUGCGUUCUCUCGUAUGUUUCAUUUCCUGUCUAGAGAAAGCUGGGUUUCUUCAAGUUUUCUCUCGUCUCUUUGGAUUUAGUCUUUAAUAUAUCUUCAUUUCUGAGUCAUUGGAUGUCUGAUGGAUACCUGUAGGAAGAUGCUUUGGUUUAGCUUGAAAGUCACUGCGGAUCAUGAGUGGCAGUUUUUUCAAGUGACAUGCAUGCGCGUCGCGAACGCGCUAAAAGAAGACACAAGCUUAAAUUCUAUGAUUGUCUUAAAUACAUAGAAAACACUUACUUUCAGGCUUAUAUUUUUUCCCGAGAGUUAUUUUUGCUGAUCAUAUUCAUUUGUUUGCAGUUCCUUUGGAGUCAUUAAACUUUAAUCUCAGCUCAUCAGAUACGUGAUUGCGGCUUGUAUUCAUUUGAAUGAAAUGAACAUUUAAGAUUUUUGUUUUUUUUUUGUUUGUUUUGAAGAUCAGUCAAAAAUGAAAAUAAAAGAUUUCAUGAAUGAUUUUUAGAGUAUUUCUAAGCUGGAUUACAAAAUGUAGCUCAGUAUCCAAAAUGAGAAACUGCAGAGCGGGAGGUCGUGGGUUCGAUUCCCAAAGCCGUCCAAUGAAUAACUGAGAAAUGAAGGUACUCCUUUUUCACUGCAAAUGGCAAGACCUUCACAUGGCUUGGAAGACCACCUAAAAUGGCGGUCCCGGUUCAAGUUGGAGAUGUAAAAAUAGAGUCCCCAAUUAGUUCUUUUGGACAUUGCCACUCAAAUAAAGUGAAUUUUUUUAGGGUAUGGAUCCUUACAAAAGGGUAUCAUUUUUACCCUUGUUGGCAUUGUGUUCUCACUGUGAUCCUUAGACAGGGUGCCUAACAUUCCCCAGCUACACGAGAUACAAAUCAUCUGCUAGUGUAAUGAAAAGGAUUUAAUGAAAGUUUCUGUUUUGCUAUUUGAUUCUUAUUUCUUACCUUUUUUCCCCUGAGUAGGGAGUUUUUUUCUGGUUUGGGCCCAAAAUACAUAAUGCACAUGUAGGGUAUCAAUUUUCUUUUGUCUCAUCCCUAAAUAGGGUCAGUGUUUAAGACCAUGGGUGGCACAGUCAUCUAUCUGAAAUUUAUCAGUACCUCCCCACUCCCCACCCAGCAGGGUUGGGAGCAGACAGGGUAACCCUUCCUCUAGAAUAAUCCAUUUCUCUUGUAAACGAAAGUGGGAAACACAUGUUUUCCCUGUUACAUAUUUAAAUGGCAGAAGGGUUACCUUUGACAGACAGAGACAGUAAAUAUUUUUUCACACUUUCUUUGUUUAUCAUUAAUGCAUGUUUGUAGAAUAAUUAUCAUGUGAUGUAAACAUUCUUUCACUGGCUUUUUUCGUAGGCUCUGGUCCGUCUAUACCAUACUGGGAUUUCCAUGGAAAUACUUUUAUAUCAAGUAGCUAUAUUAGAUUGACACCUGACCACCAGAGCAAGAGAGGUGCUAUUUGGAAUACUGUGGUAGGUCAUGUAAAAAAAUAAUAAUAAUUAUAUUCCCUAUGUGCAUCCUACUUACUGACUUACAAGAUGAUGUCUCACUACUUAAGAAACAUAAUUGGAUAACAUUAUCUGCCAUAUCCAGAAUCUUCACAGUUAAAGUGCAAAAGGUGCUGAUACUGUCUCUUUCACUUUCCAUUUGCGCUGAUCCUCUGUGAGCCUUUCACUCAAUGGUCCAACAUUCAGUUCUUCAUCUGGGUGUGUCUAUCUUUCAUUAAUUAGCUCCUUGUUUCUCCCACAGCUGUGGCUAAAAAAAGUUUGUUUGACAACUAGAUAGCGUUCCAAGAACACGCAUUUGGAGUGUAUUGGGAUUCCUGUGCUGAGAUUGCUUAAUUAUUUGACUUUUUUUUGUUAGCCAUGUCAUGUUAAAGACUGGGAAGUAGUGCUCCACUUUAAAGUUCAUGGAACUGGAGAUGCAUUGUAUGGAGAUGGAUUUGCAUUUUGGUAUAGCAGAGAAAGAAUGCAAGACGGUAAGGUUGAGAAACUAUGUUUACAUAAUCUAUGUGACUUUUGUACACUCCUGAAAUACAGGCAUGCUUGGAAUUGACUGAGCCAUUGACAGACUUGGCCCCAGUUGCUCAAAAGCUGGAUCGCACUAUCCAUCGGAUAAAGAGAGUGGAUAGGUAUUUAGAGAAACCAAUUAUUGUGCUAUCCAGUGGAUAGAGAUUUAUCCGGUGGAUAGCACUAUCCAGCACUAUCCACCUUUUGAACAACUGAGGCCUGGGCCCAGUUGUUUGAAGGCCGAUUAGUGCUAACCUAAAGAUAAAUAAAACCGAGUUUCUUUUUCUUUUGUUCAAGAGUACCCAAUAAUUUUCUCUAUAAUUCUGUUUAGAGCACCCUCUCAACAAAUUGUAAACAAAGGGAAUGUUAACCCAUUCGCUCCUGAAAAAUGCGUUUUGAAGCUAGUCGAGUGGUUUUCUGGUCACUGUCGUGCUAUAAAGAGCUAAAACUUACCACAAACCGGUUUACAGGUCGUACACUUGGCGGCCUUCUGAUCCAGAUGCAAAAUGUCAGCUUGCGAAGUUCGGGCAUGCGCAGAAAGCAAAAUUUCGACAUAGUUUUUGGGUUUAAAAGUGACACAGCAGUCUUGACUUUUACUUUUCGCUUUCUCUCCUCCCUUCUUUUUUCGCUUUUCUUGCCUCAUUUUUUUUUUCUCUUGCUGGGCAUUUAGUAGGCUUCAUUUUGGUGGGAAGAGUUUUUAGGAAAGCUUUUAGGAUCUUAGGAUUAGGUGAAAGGAAAGGUAGGUGGGUAAUGGAACAAGAUUUUCAUGGAGAUUUUCAGGUCCUUGUCACGUGGUUUUUUGCUUCUUUCUCCGGUGUCCUUGACUGAAUUGUGCUCAUUCUGGUAUGGUUUGAAAGAUCUCUUCACUCUGCACACGUGUGCGAAGAAAGUUGUCCUUGACCGUUAAAACUGAUGACGUCACAAAGGGUAGAAAGGACCUGGAUCCGCACGAGCGGUUACGGGCGGUUCAGGGGCGAAUGGGUUAAUUGUUGCUAUUAAUUUUUUUUAAGCUUUCAUAUUAUGUGAAUUCAAUUCACAGACUGACUAACCUUGGGUUAUCUUAUCUAGCUUUGAAAAACCCGUCCCUGAGUUAACUUGAUUGUUAGCAGGAAAAGUAUUUAGUUUUCUGUUCCAGCUUGUUGGGCUGGUAUUACAACCUCCUCCAGCAUGGGGCAAAGCAUUUACCACUAAGUCCCUGAUGAAAAUCCCUUGUAGCUAUUACCUUUCUAGUCUAGUUUUUUGACAUCUGUCUUUCAUGUGAAUCAGGGCUUCUGAUUUUAAGCGAUUGUGCGAUUUCGCACAGCUGACCUCAGAUCACAGUAAAUUAACAUUAACAGUAACAGAUGAAAAGAUUUCCAAGCUUAAUAUUUCAAGGUGAUUUACCAGUAAAAAGCAUUAAAAAUAUCUUAAAGCUUCGAAUGCAGUUGUUUCAAAUUGGUGGGCUGUACAUUUUGGUUCAGUAUACAGUCGAACCUCCCAUAAGCGACCACCCAAGAUGCAAAGACUUAGUGGUUGCUUAUGGGAGGUGGUCGCUUACAAGAAUCGAACCACAGGGGUCUUCUUCUGAGAAGAUGUACAGACACACUUACUUUAUGGAAAAUAAUUUAUUGCAUGCAAUUUCUAAGUUACAACAUGUGUAGUUCCAGAUUGAUUCUAAAAUUCUUUGCAUAUUCUAAGUAGCAUAGCACACACAGCGAACAUAAGAGAUCAGACAAAUUGUCAAGUGGUCGCUUACAAGAGAUUAAAAACGAUGGAAAAUCAUUAAACUGUAAGCCCCAAAUAGUAGUGGUCGCGGUCGCUUACAGGAGGUAGUCGUUUACGAGAGGUGCCAACUGGAAGGCUUUGACUGGGAGAGUUUUGGUGCUUUGGAUAGCCAGUCACUUAUGCGAGGUGGUCGCUUAUGAGAGUUGGUCGCACAUGGAGGUUCGACUGUAUUGCUUGCCUGUUCAAAGUAAUUUGAUGUUAGCUUAAUAGCUGUUAGACUGUCGAGCACAAUUAUUCCCGAAGGAGGAAUUAUUGUUGUAACAACAAUUUUAAUAUAUUGUAUUUGAAGGUAAUCAUGAUUAUUUUCUUGCCUUUGUUCUUUCAGGCAGUGUGUUUGGCAGCAAAGAUUAUUUCUAUGGUCUUGGCAUAUUCUUUGACACAUACAGUAAUCAUAAUGGAGAACAUCAGGUACUACCAUAUUACAAAGGUUUGUUUGAAAGAAACAGAAAGUGGCUAAGUGAACCUUUUCCUCUUUGUCUCAUUUGCCAUUGUGAAAGAGGCAAGGCUGUGCUCUAAGAAAAAUUAAAAGGAACCCAGUGCCCUAAAACUGUGAAAUGUAAUGUGCCCGGCAUAUAAUUUCUAUGAGUCUAUGAGAAAACUAAGAUUUUCUGUUCCCCUGGGAGCAAAAGUUGGGUGCCAUUGGCCACCUGGCUCUGCUAGAGCACAGGGUUGAAGAGGGGAUCAAUAUUUUUUUCAGAAAGUACUUUUGGCACAAGAUACAUAAUACCUCCUCUACCUAUGGCAUUUGAUGCUAGUGUUAACUUUUGUUUUAUUUUCAGCAUGAACAUCCCUUCAUUUCUGCCAUGGUUAAUAAUGGUUCUGUUCAUUAUGAUCAUGAUUCUGAUGGAACUCACAGCCAGAUGGCUGGCUGCUCGGUAAGUACCAGCAUACACCUGUAUACUGCAACUGUUUUUUUAAAUAGGGGGUGAGUAAAAAGUUAAUUUGUUGUUGUUGUUUUUUAGGCAAGUUUCCGUGGCCAAGGACAUGACACUUUUGCCCUGAUCCGUUAUUCUGGAACACAAGAUCGCUUAACGGUAAGUUCAUGGACAAAUAUUGGUUAUUAGCUCGUACGUCUCAACCUCUUGUUAUUACUAAACACUGUUAUGAUAAAAACGCUUCUGCAUUUAAUACAGAAGUGUUUUUUAUCAUGAAGGUGAGACAGUUCUCUUGUUUCCAGAGAAACUAAAUUUCACACAGUCCAUGUCUCUGUAGUUCGGACACUUCUGUAGUGUGGCACUUGGGUAGUUAAUUAAAGGAGCUGUGUCAUGCUGUUUAUCCAAAUUCAGCCAUAAGGAACUUGCCACCACUGCAUAUCGCAUGAAAGUACUUUAAAUAACAACUGAGACCAGUAAAGCAAUAAUACAGCAGAUACAACUAAGGCACAUAUGGGCAUAUGGUGAAUUGCAACAUAAUAGGGAUUUUGAAACGUGUUCAGCCUAGCAGUUUUUCAAAGCUUUAUUUGUUUAGGAUCGAGACAUCUGGUUUUCACAAAUGCAACUCUGUGAUUUUGUCAUUUGAAAGUAGUAUUUUCACUAAUGUUAAGUUUAAGUCUGAUAGAGAAUAUUUGGGAAAUUUAAGGGCGGUGAUAAGGUCCAGAAAGUUUAACUGCACUGGAGUGCUAGCUCAGUCUUUUGCAUAAUGUCAAGGCUAUCAUAACAAGACUGGUUCAAGACUGUCAUUAAUAUUGUCAAGUGCUUCAUUUGUUGUCACUUCAAUGUUGUUUUAAAAAAAUAAAAUGACAAGCUUGAAUAUAUUAAGUGAUUGUAAAGAGUGUGGAAUAGUAUCCUUUGAAUGCUAAUAUGUUUUAAAUUCGUAAUUAGAUGAUGGUGGAUGUUGAUAACAAGAAUGAGUGGCGAGAAUGUUUUGAUGUUGGAGGAGUUAAACUUCCAACAGGAUUGUAUUUUGGUGCAUCAGCUGCAACUGGCCAACUUGCAGGUAUAAAUUUUACCGCAUGAAUGAAAAUUUUUUUGAAAUUAUGAUGUGAGAAUAUUACUUUGUUUGUUAACCAGUAUAUAAGUUAUAUAAUAGCUAUAAUAUUAAGUUUAACCAAGGGCAAAACAAAGCUCUUGUUGGGUCUUCUAAGAAAUGUCCUUUUGAGGUAAUUAAACUUUUGCCAUGAGCAAGUAGCAAACUGAAUUCCUAUUUCCUAUUCCUGUUUCGCACCUAAGCCUGCGAUCAACUGAAAACCAUGAACUGUCAGCCGAAAACUCAAGAAAAACAAGUCACCUCUCGGGGAGUUGUACACCUGAAUUGGCAAUAAAGGCAUGUGGCAAUGGUCAGCAGAUACCCUAGAUUGACAGCUGUCAAUUGGCCAUAACAUGGGUGUCCAAUAUCAAGUUAAUCACAGAUUGUUUUUGCCUUGGAACUCCAAGCUAGUAACAUGAAGGACCGAACGUACGAACGGACGAUUUUGUCAGAACCCAUUAAAAUUUCUCUGGCAGAGAGCUCCGCUAUGAUUAGGUUUAUCAACAAUGCAAGUGUCUCACUUUUACCUGCAAUAAAUCAAACCCUAACUAUUCAAAGCCUUUAGAUAAACAUCAAAUACAAACUUCUGACUGUUGAGUGUUCACUUUUUUGCCUGUGCAGAUAAUCAUGAUAUCAUGUCCAUCAAGUUUUAUGAAACUGAAGUACCUGUUAUGUCUGAUACCAAGAAGGAUGAAGACCGAUCUACAAUAGUUCCAUAUGCUUCGGGAGCUGAACCUUACAGAGGUAGUGUGUAAAAUACUAAUAGUAAAGGGAGGGGGAGGGGGAACAAACUUAAAAUCCUUCUGUCCAUUCAAGAAAGAUCGAAUAUGUAUAUACAGGGUUCGUACAGGUCAUGGAAAACCUGGAAAGUCAUGGAAUUAAAGGAUUUCAUUUUGCAGGCCUGGAAAGACAUGGAAUUUAAUUGUCGGUCCUUGAAAGGCAUGGAAAAUUAAAGUUUUGUUUCAUAGAUCAGUUACUGCAUAUGGACCAUAGGGCCAUUUAUACGAGGAAAAAUAAGACGCGUCUUACAUAAGACGCGUCUUAAAUAAGACGCGAACUGUACCAUUUAUACGAGCAUGUCUUAUCUAAUAAGACGCGUCUUAGCUAAGCCGCGUCUUAUUUUAGACGAAAUGUGCCGCUUAUACGGAAAGUUCGCGUCUUAUUUUUCCUCGUAUAAAUGGCCCUAAUGUAAGAUACAAUGAUGUAGAGAGGAGUAACUGAAUUAAACAGCGCAAACGGCACGCAUUUUGGUGGACACCAGAGUUUGUGUCUGUUGAACUGUCUAAGGUAAAAAAAUACCCUAAAACAAGGAAAGUUUUGAAAAUUUUCGAAAAGUGACAGCUAAACCUAAGGUUAUGGAAAACUUGAAAAGGUCAUGGAAAAAGUCAUGGACUUUGAAGAGCUCAAACGAGUACGAACCCUGAUACAUUCGGAACAGGCUGAAAAAAGUAAUUACUUGCUAAGAAAGCAAAUCGUGCACACAUGGUGAAUAAAAAAAAUUACAUGGAAAGGAGAAAUUCCCCCUUCACUUUUUUUACGGUCUAUUUCUAAUUUAAUGUAUUUAUUCCAUAUACCGAAAGGAGUACAGCCAACACGUGGACGGGAAUCCCUAUCGGCGGCAGACGGGACUAUGAAAAAUAUGCUUUGUGACCUGCAUCUGCAUCGCGCUUCUGUAAAUUGCUUUGUGUUGACUACACAACUACUACUUGAAUUAUAAACCACUGCUUCACGCAGUCGGCAGCACAAUGAAGCACCACUAUAUUGGGGUCUAGUUUGGAACGCAACAAACGCUGCUGAAUCGAAGUCAGCAGUAAACGGCACCGUACUGGAACGACUUAUUGACGAACUCAAACAAAACUAACAACCAUUGACUCGGGAAUGGCAGGAAAAAACCCCCACAAAUUCAAUCAGCGAUUGAUACAAAAGAAAAGGACUUAACAAAGUACUGAAGGGGCUGUGCAGGCACGGCUGUUUAAUUCAUUAUGUUUAUAAUGCCAAUUACGCAUCCUUAUUCGCUAUGGAACUUGCGAAAUUACUCUUCAGUGGCAACAUUACAGGUUCGUGUCACACGAAUAUGUCUCCCAAGCAUGAAAUCAAACGUUACAAAGAACAAAAAUGAACUUUGCGGAAAAACUGUUCGGCUAAUAGGUUUUAAAAAACCACGACUGCAAUCCGUUUCAAUCUUCUUCAAUUUUUCCAUUCAUGACUUAUUGUAUUUGCCGUAUUUUUUUACCUCGUCUUUGAAUGUUUGAAGCAGUUAUGUGUAUGUUUGACCGAGUUCGGUGGCAGCUCGCACUGUUUAAUUUUUGGCAAAUUUCGUAACUCAUCUCCUUUAAUUCACUAACUUUUUAUCUUAUUGUCUUCAGAUCGUGUCGAGGACGUGCAGGGAAGCUUCUCUUCAAGAACUGUAAAGAUUUUUACCUGGCUGUUUUGGUUCGCUCUUGUAGCUGUCUGUGUCGUCGGAAUUUCUCUUUAUGUCUACCAAAAACGCCAGGAAGAUUCAAAAAAGCGAUUCUACUAAGUAGCGAUAACUGAAGUGUGAUAUCAAAACAACCUAACGCGUUACCAGGAGAAAACGGUGAUGCCCUCAGAGAAGAGCGCAAAAGAAUGACAACUUUUUCAUCUAAAUUAUUUGCAUGCUUUUUGUAUGCUCUUUGUUUUUACUGACUUUGGUAUAAUCUGUCAUUUGGCCAAUCUGAGCCUUUAAUAGUGUGAUCAGUCAGUAGCGAAGUACAUUAAUCAACUCGUUACUGUUAUAAAUGUAUUAAGACAAGUCAAUUCUCUCAGUGCCACGCUCCUAAAUGGACCGCAAACAACAGAAUAGUUUUGGACGGUUGUCACUAGUGUGACUUUCUGAGCACUUGAGUAAUAGUUAUUAUAUCGCGACGGCCAAGGUAGAGCCAAAGAUUAAAAAUGGCCUUUUCUUUAUCAUUUCAUCCGUAAAAAAACACGUAGAACCACCUAUUAUUUAGCAUCUUAAACUGUACGAAGAAAAGUACUUUAACUAGUCACCCAGAAUUAGAAUAUAUAACAAAUUUGGUCGCUUGAUGCGUUCUCGCGCGAAUAUGAAUGGCUUUUUUGUCACGAUGUGUACACGUGUAAAGAACGGUAGGUUAAAAACAGUUUUUAUGCAGCCUUCAAACUGGCAUGUUAAAUUGUCGGAUAUGAUGAAAAAAUUAGCGAACGCUGAUAAAAUCUGAUACCUCAGUUUUAAUACCCAGGAAUGCUAGAUUUACGCUUUUAACAAGUCGCAACAAUAGAUGUAGAGUUACGUAUGGCCUGCAAUACGUUGUUCUUGGUCGAGAUUUGAGGUGAGCGGAAAUUUCGAAACAGUUCACAUUGUGCAUUCUAUGAUCGGUGUUUUGUCGAGCUAAAACAAUGAGUAUACAGUAAUUCUAGGAAAUGUAUAAGCCCCGUGUGUAUAAGUAAAAAACAUUUUUUAAAAUUGAUUUAGACUGGCUUUACUGGCUUUGCAAAGGAAUUGUGUACUAUUGGGAGGAU